AUGACAAAUAGAAAUAAAAUCUAUCUAGGUGGAUGUGGGAGUUGGGGACCAUUCGCCCAAAAGACUACGUUGGGAUGGGUGAUCGUAGGAGAAGUGUGCCUAGGUAAAGUACAUUCACCUCCGGAAGUCCAUGUAAUAAAGUCCAAUGUCGUGAGCGGUCGUGGAUCGAUAUUCUCACCGUGUGAACAGAACCUGUGUGUCAAGUACAAUGACUUGUUCAUUAAGACUAGUGACGAUGAGAAGGUCGGUUGGUCUGUCGAAGAUAGAACGUUUUGCGAGAUGAUGGAGAAGGAGUGCACCCGUGAUGAAAAUGGAUUCUGGAUGGCACCACUCCACUUUCGAACGCCUAGGAAGGAGAUGCCUAACAACAGAAAGAUGGCAUGGAAGAGGGCUGCUUUUCUAGACACUAGCCUUAAGAGGAACCCCACAAAGCGUGAUCACUUUGUUACAUUUAUGGAGAAGGUCUUGACUUCUGGAGCUGCUGAAGUGGCACCACCCCCAUUCGGAGAGGUCUGGUACUUACCUAAUUUUGGCGUUUACAAUACAAAAAAGCCAGGAAAGGUAAGGGGCGUGUUUGAUUCGUCAGCCGAGUUUGAGGGAGCAUCUCUAAAUGGAAAUAUGAUGUCCGGUCCUAAUCUGACCAACAGUCUCCUGGGAAUACUACUGCGCUUCAGAAAGGAUAUCUACGCGGUCUCUGGAGACAUAGAACAGAUGUUCUACAGGUUCCUAGUCGCAGGGAAAGAUCGUAAUUUCCUCAGGUUCCUAUGGUAUCGUGACAAUGACCCAGAUAAGGACCUCAUAGAUUACAGAAUAAGAGCUCAUGUGUUUGGUAAUAGCCCCUCACCAGCAGUUGCAACAUUCGCUCUUCGUAAAGCUGUAGAACAUGCUGACCAUGACGUAAAGGACUUUGUAACCAAUGACUUCUAUGUCGACGAUGCCCUUACUUCACGGCCCUCUGCAGAAGAAGUCAUCAGUGUUGUUAGUAGAACUCAGAAAGUCUUACAGGACAAUGGCAACAUUCGAUUACACAAAAUCCUUUCCAACAGUAAAGAGGUCAUGAACGGAUUUUCCCCAGAGGACAGAGGAGAGGGAUUGAAGCAACUUGACCUUGAGGAGGAUUCGCUCCCUGUUCAAAGGAGCCUUGGCAUGUCCUGGGAUCUUGACAAGGACCAGUUUCAGUUUGAUGUGCGGCUAGGGGAUACACCAGGUACACGAAGAGGAAUGUUUUCGGCGCUUAACAGCGUAUUUGACCUUAUGGGUUUUCUCUCUCCGUUCACCAUACAAGGAUGUAUUCUUUUGAGGGAACUCACAGCAGGAACUGGCUGGGAUGACCCAGUUCCAGAGGACCACCUCCGGAGGUGGGAUGAGUGGAAGGCUUCCAUAGGUAAACUUGACACGUUUGGUAUUCCACGCGUGUUUGUGCCUACGUCUGUCAGUACCGCGGAGAAUGUUGAGCUACACGUUUUCGCAGACGCCAGCGAAAAAGCGGUCGCAGCAGUCGGAUACGUCAGAGUCGUCACAGGUGACAGUGCACGUGUAGGUUUCGCUAUGGGAAAAGCCAGGCUAGCUCCCACUCAAGGACAUACUAUACCUAGACUUGAGCUCUGUGCCGCUGUGUUGGCAGUAGAGGUUGGCGCGACCUUGAGUGAGACAUUGAACAUUACCCUUGAUAAAAUACGCUACUACAGUGACUCAAAAGUUGUCCUAGGUUAUGUGAGCAACAGAACGCGCAGAUUCUACACAUAUGUGUCAAACCGAGUUCAGAAGGUCCUCCAGACGUCCAAACCGGAACAGUGGUCAUACAUCCAACGCAUGAAAACCCAGCAGACCAAGCCACCAGAGCGUCGAUGA